AUGUAUGUAGCAGAACAAGAUUCUGAACCUGACACUCCUCCUGGAUACUAUGAAAAUGGACAUAUACCCGUAGAUUAUCUUGAACCUGAAUACGAACCUAUGCAUGAGGAUGAUCAUGUGCCUGAAUAUGAGCCUCUACCUGAAGAUGAACCCACUCCUGAGUAUGAGCCUGAGACUCCUACUAGUUCACAAGAAAUUCAAUCUGAAGACAUGACUGACGUCGAGCUUGAACAACAACAACCUGCUGCAUCUGCUGAAUCAGUGGCCCCAAGAAAUGCUCCUCCAAGGAUCGAGCCUGCUCCUAAUCAGAACACGCAUGGGCAAGCCAUCGAUGCACUGCAACACGAACGUUGGAGGCUUAUUAAUGAAAAUCCUCAAGAAAACCAACCUGAACAUCAUAAUGAGCCAGUGGAUGCAAUGGAACAAGAGUUCAACCAAGCACAAGCUGAUUUCAACAUACCUCCUCAAAACAAUCCUCCGCCUAUUACUCUCGAUGCCAUGUUUUACGCUCUUAUUGAGAUUAUUUGUGAAAAGGAGAAGAAAUGGAGCUAA